AUGGAGGAGCGUCUGAAUUUCCUGUCGGACAAGCAGCUGCUGGCCUUCCUCCACCGCAGCAAGACCGAGCUUUCCUGCAUGGAGCUGCCGCAGGCGUUUGUGAGCCAGCUGCGGGACCACGACCUUAUCUCCACAGAGCAGCACGGGAAGAUAACCCGCAUGAAAAGUAAUGAGAAGAUCAGGAGCGCAGUUUACAACGUUCUGGAGUUCAUUGAAGAUAAGCUUCCGCACUGCAUCCAUAGUUUCUGGAAAUGCGUCUUCAAGGAGACAAUUUUGAACAAGUACCCCACCCUCCGACAGCUCCACAACAGCCUGUUUAACGGGCAAGAUUUUUAUGAUUGUGAAGACGCUCUGCUUGAGUCUCGGGACAUACUGAGGAGGGAGGAUAUCCAAAGGAUAGAGCCGGAAAUAUCGCUGCAAGUGAAGAAACCUAGCUUGAAAAAAAGAAAAAAGAUGAGAAAAACGACAGACGAUGAUGCUAGUGACAAUGAUGACGAACAGCCUUCGACUUCAGCUCCAGUCACACCUCAACGUUUAAUCAAGAAGCCGAAGAAAGUGUCCUUCUCCACUCCAUUGAAGAAAGGAGAAAAAGGAGAAAUCUGGAGGUGGAAAAUUUUCAAAGUUCAGCUGCCGGUGACCUGCGGAGAUUUGAAGGGUACUCUGAACCGGAACAGACUGGCCCAAGGUGAAAAGUGCAUUAUGGUUGAGAAGCAGUGGUACAAUCCUACUGAAUUUGAACGACUUGCAGGGAAGGCAAAAUCAAAGAGCUGGAAAAAGAGCAUCCACUGUAUGGACAAAACAUUAGGACAACUUAUAGAAGACGGACACCUCAAGAGCAACGGCUACAAAAAGGUCAAGAAGCUUCUGUUUCCUCCUGAAGAAACUGUUGCAGGAUCAGCAGAGAGUGAAGUCUGUAGCAGAGACGGUUCCUCAUCAGAGAAACAUCAAGAUGGUAUUCAGUCACGGUUAACAGCAAGAAACAUCCCUAAAGUCCUCAGAGUGGUGUGCGGGGACAUCAGUGGUUUACUCCACACCAAACGCUUCGCCUCGGGCACAUGUGGAAGGAGCAUCCGCACUUCGAGCAGCUGGAAGACCCCAGUGGACUUUGUGAAGGAGGCCUCGAGUCAGACAGACAUUUCAUGGAAGAAACAAAUCAUGUGUGAAGGAAAGCCACUUGGAGAGCUAAUACAAUCUCGCCAUAAUAAUCACUCACUGCUGUGUAUUUGCAGCCUGUGUCAUCCAGAUGGCGAUGACCUGGACAGUCAGAGGAAUGACGAUGAGUGCUGGAACUGUCGCAAGGAAGCAACAGUUGGGGAAGUGAUGGUGGACUGUGAUCAGUGCCCUCGCUCCUUCCACCAGAAAUGUCACCUUCCACACAUUCCAGACUCUAUGUUAGACGAUGGCAGACCAUGGAUAUGCACUCCAUGUGUGUGGAUCCAAACCAGGGACCUGUUCUCAGAGUUGGAGAUGGAAGCAGUCAUGUCCAGUUCCACAGAUCAUCAUAUGCUGCAUUGUCAGCAGCUGUUACUGAGUCUCUACAGAGAAGACGAGGACCACAUCUUCACAUCAGACCCAUGCCACCUUCCAGAGUACACCAGAGUGAUCCAGACACCCAUGUGGUUUGACGAGGUCGCAGAUAAGCUCCAGAGUCACAAAUACCAAACAGUGGGCCACUUUGUCUCAGAUAUCCAGCUCAUCUUCAGAAACUGUGCCUCGUAUAACCGGGAUAAUCCUGAAUUUCUUUCUACUGGAACAAAAUUAAAGGAGCAUUUUGAAAAAGAAUUGAACACCAUGUUUAAGAUCCAACAAGAAACAUCAGAAUCAGAAAUAAUUUUAUAUGUCCCUCAAUGGGAAAUUUGUUUAGCUACAGAUUAG